UGCCGCACGCUUGGUCUGCGAAUAAAAAAUAAAUAAAUUCGAUAUUUGAAAAUUUGUGUAAAACAUUUUUUUAGUGUUGUGUGAAGAAAAUGGUUCGCAAAAUAAGUGCGCUUCUGUGUUGCCUAUGCGUUUUUGGUAUUUCAUUAAGCGAUAGCGCUAUUUCUACUGAAAGUGAAAAACGAUGCCGGAACCCACCAACAGCUCCCCAGAAGAUUGAAAGAGUCAUCACACUCUGUCAAGAUGAAAUAAAAUUAUCGAUCCUUAGAGAGGCCCUGGACGUUAUAAAGGAGGAGCACACGAUGCCGGCGCAGCGACGGAGGAACAAGAGAGAGGUGCCGUUCACACACGACGAGAAGAGAAUUGCUGGGUGCCUGCUCCAAUGUGUGUACCGGAAAGUGAAAGCUGUUGACGGCUACGGGUUCCCAACCUUAGAGGGGCUUGUUGGCUUGUAUUCCGACGGGGUCAACGAACGCGGCUACUUCAUGGCGGUGCUGGAGGCUUCCAGGGAGUGCCUCAUGAGAAACCACGACAAGUUCUCUAGGACUACUCCUAUGGAUAAUGGCCGCAACUGCGACAUCUCUUUCGACAUCUUCGAGUGCAUCUCCGAUCGCAUCGGCGAAUAUUGUGGAAAUUCUGGACUUUGAGAACCACUGCCUUUAGAUUUAACAUUCCAUUUUUAAGAGAAUAUGAACACUACCUUAUCGAAACAAAAGUAGUUCGAUUUUACUUUAGCUGUUGUAUUCCGACUAACGACUUUAAUUACAGCCUUGAUAUGUACGUGUGAGUGAAAUAAAAAAAAAUUUCAUAUACAUAUGUCGCACCCUUUCUAUAUGUGAUAUGAACUCAUUUGGAGCGAACAGUUUCCUGUCAAAAUUGAAAUCGAAUUAUAUCGUAGAGUGAAUCCUAUUAUUUCUUUAUCCUGUUAAAUUUGUGAAAAGCUGUUGAGAAACCAAUUUACUUUUUAUAUGAAUAUUAUGAAUAAUAUAUUUUCUAAAUAUCUAAAAAGAAAUCCCACGUUUAAAUUAACAAAACCUAAGUUCUACUUCUGUAUAACAGCGUUUUCUUUAUUAGUUACCAGUCUAUAAAUAUAAAAAUAAGACAAUUAUUUUUAAGAUAUUGUAAAUACCUACUUAACAUUGUGAUGCUCAAUAACUUUUUACUAUAAGUCCCUAAUGUUAAAUUAUCAUAGAUUUAGAUUUUAGCCUGUUACCAAAAUUUAAUAAUACCAUUAGACAAAACUACAUCUAGGUGUAAAAAAUUUCAAAAUUUCAAAUAUUAUUCGCUUAAAUUUGUAGUAAUAAAUACCUUUAGGUAGUAGGUUAGUACAUUAGUAUCUAAAUUGGCCGGGAUAAAAAAAGAAUCAUUAUUAAUUAUAAAGGGAGGGUUUGGUUAUGGCUUUUGAGUAAUAAUUUACGGCAUUAAAUGUAUUAAAAAAUCGAACGAUAAAUGAUAAAAAAUACUAUUUGUAUUUAAUAAGUGCUGGAUUGAAUGUGAAUUUUAAAAAAAUAUACCUAUUAAUUCCACACUGGUUAAAACCACCUAAUUGGUUAUUCAAAUUAAAAAAAAAACCUUUUGUAGAUCAUUUGUACAAUGUACGAGUAUUGAACAAUUGUAUAAUAUUUUAUUUCUAUCGCCAGUAAGUUUACCUAAUUAAAACAUUGCAAAUAUGGAGUGACAGAAAAAAAAUACCCAGCCAAUUUUACAGAUUUCUCACAAUUUUAUGAUUGUUUAUAUAUGUUUAUAUUGUGCACAUACAUUACCUAGCCAAUUCUAAUUAGGGAAAAAUUAUAUAAUAUAAUCAUAUAUAAUAUAUAUAUACCUACUGCUACUGCAAUUAAAAUCUUUUAUUAGUAAUCUUAAC